GCCGGGUCCAUCUCCCUGCUGCGACCACCCCGGCGGAUUCUCCGGGACCCGGGUGCCAUUCCCAGCUGGAUCAGGCAGCCAGGGCGAAGCUCCGAGCGGUCCUGGAAGGGGAGGGGGCAAAGCGAAGCGAGCUCAGGCGAGAGAGGCAGGGAGAGCCUCCGUCUCGGCAGUAAUGAGGGAGAAGCUGUUUAGUCAUCUCUCUAUAUAUACUUUCACAAUGAUGAUCACAUUUACUGAUUGCUUCUGACUGCGUGUAGAGAGGGAGUCAAGAGGCAGGCAGCACAGUUCACCUUGUAUCCUGAGGAGUGACUGCUCCCCCUUCCUUCCAGUUCCCCACAUUUAGCCCUACUUUUGGGUGCCGGGUGUCUUUCCUUGCCAGAUGGAACUGAUCUGACUCGCAGCAGGUCUCGGGAGCGUCCUGAUUAUCCUCUCCAGUAACAAGGCCUGGGCUCAUCAUGGCAGCAGGAGUAGCAGCGUGGUUGCCCUUUGCCAGGGCGGCUGCCAUAGGAUGGAUGCCAGUGGCCAACUGCCCUAUGCCACUGGCUCCAACAGAGAAGAACAAGAGGCAGGAUGAGCUGAUCAUUCUCAAUGUGAGUGGCCGGCGAUUCCAGACCUGGAGGACUACACUGGAGAGAUACCCGGACACUCUCCUGGGCAGCACCGAGAAGGAGUUCUUCUUCAACGAGGACACCAAGGAGUACUUCUUUGACCGGGACCCCGAGGUCUUCAGGUGCAUCCUAAAUUUUUAUAGAACUGGCAAGCUGCACUACCCCAGGUACGAGUGCAUCUCUGCCUACGACGAAGAGCUCGCCUUCUACGGGAUCCUCCCAGAAAUCAUCGGGGACUGCUGCUACGAAGAGUACAAGGACAGGAAGCGGGAAAACGCGGAGCGGCUGAUGGACGACAACGACUCGGAGAACAACCAGGAGGGGUCCAUGCCCUCGCUGAGCUUCCGGCAGACCAUGUGGCGAGCCUUCGAGAACCCCCACACCAGCACCUUAGCCUUAGUCUUUUACUACGUCACCGGUUUCUUUAUCGCCGUCUCUGUGAUCACCAACGUGGUGGAAACUGUGCCCUGCGGCACCGUGCCCGGGAACAAGGAGCUCCCGUGCGGGGAGAGGUACGCCGUGGCUUUCUUUUGCUUGGACACGGCCUGCGUGAUGAUCUUCACCGUCGAGUACCUGUUGAGACUCUUUGCGGCCCCGAGCCGCUACAGGUUCAUCCGAAGCGUGAUGAGCAUCAUCGACGUGGUGGCCAUCAUGCCCUACUACAUCGGCCUGGUGAUGACCAACAACGAGGACGUCAGCGGGGCCUUCGUCACGCUAAGGGUUUUCAGGGUUUUCAGGAUUUUCAAGUUCUCCCGCCAUUCCCAGGGCCUGAGAAUCUUGGGCUACACCUUGAAGAGCUGUGCCUCCGAGCUUGGCUUUCUCCUCUUUUCCCUCACUAUGGCAAUCAUCAUCUUUGCAACUGUGAUGUUUUAUGCGGAGAAAGGGUCCUCGGCGAGCAAAUUCACCAGUAUCCCUGCUUCCUUUUGGUACACUAUCGUAACCAUGACAACACUGGGUUAUGGUGACAUGGUGCCCAAGACAAUCGCUGGGAAGAUCUUUGGCUCCAUUUGCUCCCUGAGUGGGGUGCUGGUCAUUGCCCUGCCGGUUCCAGUCAUUGUUUCCAACUUCAGCCGGAUUUACCACCAGAACCAGCGAGCCGACAAGAGGAGAGCGCAGAAGAAAGCCCGGCUCGCCCGGAUCCGCGUGGCCAAGACCGGCAGCUCCAACGCGUACCUGCACAGCAAACGCAACGGCCUCCUCAACGAAGCCCUGGAGCUCACGGGAUCCACCGAAGAGGAACAGCACAUGACUAAAGGCACCUCCUUAAUCGAAAGCCAACACCACCAUCUGCUGCACUGCCUGGAAAAAACAACCGGAUUGUCCUAUCUUGUGGAUGAUCCCCUGUUAUCUGUACGAGCUUCCACCAUCAAGAACCACGAGUUCAUAGAUGAGCAGAUGUUCGAGCAGAACUGCAUGGAGAGCUCGAUGCAGAACUACCCUUCCUCCCGGAGCCCCUCCCUGUCCAGCCACCACGGCCUGACCACCUCCUGCUGCUCCCGCCGCAACAAGAAGACCACUCACCUGCCCAACUCCAGCGUCCCGGCCACGCGCCUGCGGAGCAUGCAGGAGCUCAGCACCAUCCACAUCCAGUGCAGCGAGCAGCCCUCCCUCACCACCAGUCGUUCCAGCCUCAACAUGAAGUCAGACGACGGGCUGAGACCGAACUGCAAAGCUGCCCAGAUCACCACAGCCAUCAUCAGCAUCCCCACCCCGCCCGCCCUCACGCCCGAGGGCGAGAGCAGACCCAGCCCCGGCAGCCCCGGGCACUCCACGAACAUUCCCACCACCACCACCACCACCACGGCCAACAUCGUCAAGGUCUCUGCCUUGUAAGACGGUGUCAGGAGGAGGCUGGAAGACCAGCGGCCCCCUCGCCCUCCACCCCUCCGCGCUCCUUUCUUGCUGCAAUUUGUGCCUGGAUGGACCAGCCCCGACGUUGUGUGAGCGGAUUCCCGGUGGAGAUCCCACGGAGGCAGCUCCCUUCGGACAGGGACUGAGGAAGGAGAGGAAAGAGGGUGGUCGGAGGAAAAAAAAAAGAAAAAAAAACAAACAAAAAAACCGCCUGGAGAGCGUGUUUGUGCCGCGGUAAAACCGGGCAAAAAAAAAGAAAAACAAACCAACCUGUGGAGGAGGCGCUGGAGGGGAAAGAACCGUCGUGGCAACGAGAGAGUCAAUAAAGCAAACGGAAAUAUAACACUGUGUAUCGCAGCACCUUUUUAAAGGUUUUUAAAUGGAUAAUAUUUAUUCAUGAGGAAAUGACUGAAAAGGUGAAAAACAAUGGAUUUUGUGAAUUAUUCUUUUUUUUUUUUUUUCCUCGUUCGUUUGUUUCUUCUUCAUGGAGCAGAACCUUUAAACCAACCAAAAUUUCACAUUUCUCGUUUUUCUUUUUUUUUUUUUUUCUUUUCUUUUAUAGGAAAAGAUUUAGGCAAAAGAAGCCACCUGUCACAGAGAUCUCUCUCCAUCCCUCUGUGUGUGUGUGUGUGUGAGUGUGCAGCAGGAAAACACUGAAUUCCAAAGGGCAGAGCACGUUCCCAUGAUUGGGAAACACAAGCAUGUGUCAGCACACACACACCCACACACACACACCCCUCUCUCACCUUGGAUGGCAUUUCUUUAUUUAGACAAUUUUGUACCCGCCUUUUAAGUCAAUACAGUGCAAUUGCAAACAGUGUGUUUGUCUGCUACUUAUUGUCUGUGAAAACAUAUUUGUGGAGAAAAACUAAACAAACAACAAAGAAACAAACAAAAAAAAAGAAAACAGAACAAACAAACAAAAAAAAAAAAGACAGGCUUUAGUAGAGUUUUAGUCCCACAUGGGUAUCUGCUUUCUAUUUUUGUUAUCACUUACUUGUAAGAGUGUGACUAGACUACGGUUCUGUAUUUUUAAAAAGGAUUUAAAAAAAAAAAAAAGGUAGGAUUCUUUUUUAAUACUGUACACACAAAUGGCAAAGAAUGGAAGCACUGAACUCAACUGCAUCGAGCAUUCAUAAGUCUAACAGAGGUUUCUUGUAAUGUAUGCCCAUGCUUUUUAAGUUUUGGUUUCUAUGUAGAAAUUCCUUUGCUAGCACUGGACGUCCAACCCAUUGUAAAUAGUAGCCAAAUAAUGUCUGGAUUUAUACUUGAUAACAAUUAACCCCAGAGCCAAAUAUCUUGCAUGGACAGAGAGGUAUUUGGCUUUUUCACAGUCUUAGGGCUCCAGUUGUCUCAUCAGUGGCUUCUGGGUUGCGUUGAUUUUGGGGAUAGACUAGAUGAGCAAUUUUAGUUCUCCAGGCCCAGCACAGGAUCUGCUUGAGAAGGGGGAGCAGUACUGGAGUGGGGAAAACAUCUAAUAACAUCUGGCACAGACAGCAUUUUCUUUUCAGAGCCCUACACUCAGUUUGGGAAAAGUCUACUCCUGUACUUCUAAAUCAACCAAAAACUGAAGAACACCGGCUGGUACUGCCAAGCAGCUCCCACUGCUGACCAAGCUGUGGCCAGUCCUACCCCCUGAGAUCCUCCUAGGAAUGAUUUAUUGUGAGAGAACACACAGACCUGAAAAGCAACUGGUUUUGCCCCUCCUGUAUGAGCAAUUUUUUCCUCCCAUUUCCAGGGGAUCCCCUCUUACAGGUGUGAUCCAGGAAGGGCAGAGUGAGGAACAUCAUCACCUGCCUUCCCACUCGUUUGAUUCCCCUGGUCAUGCACAAACCUCUUCAGUGACCCCACAAAAGGGGAUGCACCACCCCCCUCCUCCCCAGCAGCUUGUAGGGAACAAGGAAAGACAACCAGUGUCCUGUUCUGAGCAGGGAUUUCACCACCACCACAGUUAAAACAACAACUCAAAGCACGUCUGAGGCUGAUUCAGCAAAGGGAUGACCUUUUUCUUUAACACCUGCCCCAACCUAUCCUGAUGUAAUAUUAAUAGCCACAUACACCUCCACACAUAAAUAACCACACACACACACACAUGUAUAGAUAAUUAAUAGACCUCCCUUGCUGACUUACACAUAGGAGCUGACAACCUGCUUUGGUAGCACUGCUGCUUGUCUGGAGAGUGGACUUGAUGGCUGAUGCAUUAACCCAAUGCCCUCCUUAGAAUCCUACAACAUCCCAGGAAUACUGGAACCAUGGCUAAGCCUCCAGCUUCUACUCAUUUAUCCCAGUGCUGCAAUAUGUUACCCCAAAACUAUGUUUAGCCCUGUUUUUAAUGAUUAAAACGCUCUGCCUUUUGCUGCUUCCUGUAGGAGGUUGUGCUGCAGUUAAUCUUACCAUUAUUGAGGGUUUUUUUCUCGAUGUUUUAAUUUAAUCUUUGCUUUAAUUCCAUUAACUGUCAUCAUCUGCUCCCUGUCUGAACACCCUCACCCUUGUAGAUCAGAGGCCUUGCUCUCCACCAACCUCCCUCCCACCUUGCAGCCUCAUUUACACUGGCACAGAGUGAGGGUGAAAUGUGCUGACAGGAAUGAAAAAAUCACAGAGAAUCAGGGAUUCAACGUGGCUUCUUGGUGCUGCCUUUCUUAUUCCUAAUUUAUCAUGGAUUUAUCAUCUCUCUGCACCCGUCUCUUUAUCUGUAAAUAACCAUUGUAGCAGCCCUCGGCCAGAGCACUCCUGAUGCUUUUAAUUGCUAUCCAUCAAAAGGCCUUUGGAGGAAAAAAUAAUAUAAAAUCCAACAUUUUUAAGGGGAGAAAUUAAAAGUAAGGAGGAAAGCCAGCCCUAGGGGUUUCUGGGUGGCUGCCUGGGCUCAGCUUGUCAAGGCAGCCACGGCCUCUGCUCUCUCCCAUGGAAGAGGAAUUGUUAUCCCUGCUCAGAAAUCCGUGGUUUGCCUCUCCUGCCAUGAACGGAGCAGGUGCUGCCCCACACAGCCAGUUCCUCAGCACAGACUCUCAGAGCCUAAAACCAGGCAAAAUGAGGGGAGUCUGACCUAGAGGAACAGGGCUAAAGAUAUUUUCAGUGGAGGCAACAGCUCCCCUUAUCCCCGGAACUGAAGCCGCCCGAGUGAGGCUUCCCAGAGCACUUGGAAAUGUGCUGUAAAACCCCUCCCUGCACUGCCCCAAAACAGCCACAUCCUUGUGGGGAGACCAGGGACAGGGAUGCAGAUGGAAGGGCGUAACUGAGCAUCCCUGGAAGGAAAACAGGGAUAAAGGGAAAAACCUCGGCAGAGCAAAGCCCGGGAAUGGCCCUGCGGCCACUGAUUCCCACAAUAAAGGGAGGCAAAUCAGCCUCCCUAAACCACAGAGAUCUUCCCAAUCUUCAGAUAGCAACUUAUAAACCAUGGCUGAGAUAAGGCCAAGCCAAUCCCGAAUAUUCCUCAGCCAGGACUUUUCCUGGAGGGUGUGGAUUGUUGUCCCCAGCAGCCCCAGUUCUGCCCAGCCUUACCAGCAUCUCCCUCCCUGUUCCAGGGCCAGGCACGUCCAUCGAUCCCAAACCAAAAACCAGCACCUACCCCAGCAUUCCUGGUCAUUCCUGAGGCAUGGAAAGGGGCUUCUCCAGGUGUGGGCUCCCUCUGAGUGGAGAAGCAAUGCAGGAAAACAGGCAGGUUCUAGAAAACAACCCAGCUGGCCAGACUGUCCACCAGGAGUGUGUUGGCAGAUCAUGUCCAAGCCUUUCCCUCUCCCCUCAUUCCUUGCUUUUUAUAGAAAACAUCUUUAAAAAAAAGAAAAAGGGAAAAAAAAAAGGAUAAAAAUGGAUUCUUUGCACAAAAGGCAACGGGAAGGGAGUUAUAUUUUUUCAGGCUUUCCUAGAGCAAUAUCAAAAAUAUCAAAAUUUGCUGAGCAUUUUCUUUCCUUUCCAAAGUUUUUUUCAAAGGGAAAACAAAUAUUUUCAUGGACUUUCAGCACAUUCUGUCAGUAGAAUUCCUCUCUACCCACCUGGGACUGGGCUGCAAAAAGGAGUCACACCCAACAGGCAGAGAACGAUGAGAAAUACCUUUCCCAUGUAGGCUUUGACUUCCAUCUCCUCUGUCCAAAAUCCACCUUUUACUUUCAUUUUCCUUAAAAAUCUUAAGGACACCCAUAAAGAAGAGGCCACAGAUAACACAUCUUGGCACACAAAAAUUCAAGGAUUAUAAAAUUUAAUCUAUCCUCUGCUAGCACAGGGUCCUUCACUGUGAUAUAUGGCACUACUAUUUUUAGAUUUAGAUUGGAUUAGAUUUAAAAUUCCCCAAGGACUUCCUCUACUUCCCCAGGGAGCUUAUUCUGGAGUGAUAGCCCUCAAUGCCAAGGAUUUUUCUCCAGCUGUUCAGCCAUAAUUCUCUCCUUAUUUUCUCCUCUCUUGCUGCCAUUUAUACUCCCUUGCACCAUUUAAAUUAUUCUCCUUUCCACAAGAGGAAUAUAAAACUUUCUACAGCAAAUUCUUCUCCCAGAGACUACUUUUAUCCUUUAAAUAAUUACCAUUGUUAGAAGUUUCAGGGGAAAGAUAACCUAAAUAACACACAUGGCCUCAGUGUGGAAUAAAGUUAAUGGAUAAUUCAAAAUACAUCCUUCUUUAAUUGGCCAGAAAGCCUAAAUUUAAUCAGUGCCACUUGUUUAACCUAAAACUGUUGAUAAUAAACUGCAACCCAGCAUUUAUCAUUCUAGUUUAGGCAGCUUACGGUGUGCACAUGAAAAUCAGAUUAAUACCAGCUAAAGAAAGCAAAGUUUCUUCAAAUAUUUUGCUUCUUUAGGUAAAGAGGUUGCAAACAUUUUGUAUCUUACAUGCAUUGUAAAAAGAAAAUGCAGUAAAUUCCAAAUCAUGUUUCAUUCAUGUGCUGAAACAUCCCUUGGGACCCUGUCAUGUUUUUCUGUGUUGGACUUAAAUGCAGAGUUACAAUGGAUGGCUGUGAACAUCAGCAGCUUUGAACUGAAAACUUCAUUCUGCUUUUGAAUUGAGGUGAAUUUUCCACAUAAUUUACCCAUCUAGUCUAUCUUAACUAAGUUUCUUUUAAACCACUUCUUUUUCUCCAACACUUUGAGCCAACUGCAGCAGAUCUAUGGCUUUAAAGCCCAGGUUUUUAGGCUUCCCACUUGACAUAAACACUCUUAAUGGUUUUAUCCUUCAAAAACUGUAAGAGCAAAGGGAAGGCAGGGAGCACGUGGAUCAGAGCCAGGAGACAGAGCAUCAGCAGUUCUGCUCCUGAUUGACCUGCUGAACCACUGAAGAGACCCCGAAAAAGUCACUUCACCUCUCUGCCAAUUAUCCAACCUGUAGGGAAAUCAACCCCCCCUCCUCUUGCAAUAAGUGGAGCCCCCCCAAAAACCCCACAUGGGAAUGAAUUCUGGAGCCAGCGCCCCAGAAGUGCUGCUUGUGUUCAGGAAGCAAAACCUGUGCCAGAAAGGCUUUAGGUGGAACGGGGGAAAAAAAAGACCAGGUGACAAAGAGCUUGUGAAAAAGCCCCUUCCUGUGUUCUCAGUCAGGUCUGUUCCUUUGUGUGUAUCCGUGUGCACGUGUCCCUUUCCCUUUUGGGUUAAAUUAGUGCUAGUCCAGGAGUCCCAGCUGUCUGGGGGGAAGGGACCACCCCCACUGAGGGCUCCUCUCCCUUCUGGUGCCACUACAACUGGGAGCUCCCACCUUGGGCCAGUGGAGCAUCUUCCACGCUGGUGUGAUGGUCUCUUUUUUGAUAAAUACCAGUAUGGCAUUCCAGUGGUGUUUUUCUUUAGGAGUUUUAUGUUCUAAGAAGCUCUCAACCUUUAUUCUUUUCUAUUUUCAUACUCUGGAUGGGCUUUGCUUACAGAGGACAGAUCCGAGCUGUACUGUACACAACUGCAGGUAGCUUCAUUUGAGAACAACUUUCUAGAAGAACCAAGUUUCCUGUUGUCUUCUUUUGGAAUUGUAGUGCAUAUGUUGAAACUUGUAUAUCAUUUACAGUAUUGAGUCUUGUGCCACUGCUGUACCUGAUGUAUCCAAUCCGGAUUAAACAGAGUAUGUGCCACAAAUACCAA